AAAGAUGUGUGUUUGGCAUGAAAGAUCUAACAUUGCCCAUUUGAUGCGGUUUUAUUCUGGAGAGUAAGAAAGGCUCCAUAAUUGUUUCAUUGUUCGGGUCUGGACAUGUCCGGUGGACUGCUUUGGGCUUUCAAUGGCACUUCACAAGCAAAAUCAAGGGUGUAUCCUGGCAACUGUGGAUUUAAAACAGCUUUAAAACUUGGGGAAAGACUAUAUAUUGGGGUAAAGCUACUGAACUUCGGAAUGAUGGGAGCAUGCAGACGGCAAGACUGAGCUACUGAACGGCACAUUUAGAAAUGAAACGGGUGCAGAUCUAAAGAGGUGCACCUGUAGAUGACUUGAUGAUGGAGCAGGUCAUGAAGGGUACGGUAAACAUCACCUCUGCGGUGCAGGGAACGCUACUGGUGCUGACGGGAACGUUACUGGUGAUUCUGCUGCACAGAAUAUUUAGAGCCAAGAACUGGAAGAACCAAUCAGCAGUCCCAGGUCCUGGCUGGUGGUUGGGUCUCGGCCCAGUUCUGAGCUACAGUAGGUUCCUGUGGAUGGGAAUUGGCACUGCAUGCAACUACUACAACGAAAAAUAUGGCAGCAUUGCUCGGGUUUGGAUCAACGGAGAAGAGACUGUUAUACUCAGCAAGUCCUCCGCCGUGUAUCAUGUUCUGAAGAGCAAUAAUUACGUCGGGAGGUUUGCCAGUACAAAAGGUCUGCAGUGCAUUGGCAUGUUUCAACAAGGCAUCAUCUUCAACAGCAACAUCACACUGUGGAAGAAAGUGAGAACAUAUUUCACCAAAGCUCUUACUGGUCCAGGUCUCCAGAAGUCAGUAGAUGUGUGUGUCAGCGCCACCAACAAACAGCUUGACGUCCUGCAGGAGUUCACGGACUGCUCAGGACACGUGGACGUGCUCAAUCUUCUGCGCUGUAUUGUGGUGGACGUUUCCAAUAGACUCUUCCUAAAAAUCCCACUGAGCGAGAAAGACUUGCUGAUAAAGAUCCAUCGCUAUUUCAGUACCUGGCAGACAGUUCUCAUUCAGCCAGAUGUCUUCUUCAGACUGGACUUUGUGUACAAAAAACACCACCUGGCAGCAAAAGAGCUGCAGGAUGAAAUGGAAAAACUUGUGGAGCAGAAGCGACAGGCCAUCAACAACACGGAGAAGCUGGAUGAGACGGACUUCGCAACGGAGCUUAUAUUUGCUCAGAACCACGGCGAGCUGUGUGCGGAUGACGUGAGGCAGUGUGUGCUGGAGAUGGUGAUCGCCGCUCCAGACACGCUCUCCAUCAGUCUGUUCUUCAUGCUUCUGCUACUUAAGCAGAACUCUGCCGUGGAAGAGCAGAUAGUACAGGAGAUACGGUCUCAGAUAGGUGAGCGGGACGUACAGUCGGCCGACCUGCAAAACCUGAACGUACUGGAGCGCUUCAUCAAGGAGUCUCUGAGGUUCCAUCCGGUGGUGGACUUCAUCAUGAGACGGGCUCUGGAGGAUGACCACAUCGAUGGCUACCGGGUGGCAAAGGGGACAAACCUCAUCCUGAACAUCGGACGCAUGCACAAGUCCGAGUUCUUCAAAAAACCCAAUGAAUUCAACUUGGAGAACUUUGAGAGCAGCGUUCCCAGUCGUUACUUCCAGCCGUUCGGCUGCGGCCCACGGGCCUGCGUUGGGAAGCACAUAGCCAUGGCUAUGACGAAGGCCAUCCUGGUGACUCUGUUGUCGAGGUUCACGGUUUGUCCUCGUCACGGCUGCACCGUCAGCACCAUCAAACAGACCAACAACCUCUCCAUGCAGCCCGUAGAAGAGGAUCCCGACUGCCUGGCCAUGCGCUUCAUCCCACGAGCUCAGAAGAACAUCAGCGGAGAAACAACGGACAGCCAAACCUGAAAGCGAUAGACGCAAUUUUUGCCAUUCACUAUUUUGAUAUACCGAAGAAAAAAAGUAAUUUCCUUUUACCUAAAAGCUUUACACUGGGUUGUCACAUUAAGAUCACAUUACUAUUUUUUUAUUUUUGAGCAAUUUGACUUAAUAAACUCAAGCCUUAGUUAAACUUACCUCAAACUUAACGUCGCAAACAAGUAGGCCUGUGGUAACGGCACACACAGGUAAUAUAUGGAUGUCAACAUUUGUGCAAGAAAAGUAGCUUGUUGACCGACAAUGGCAAAGACAACAAAACCAUUUGAAUGAUCUGUUUUAUCAUGUGUACUGAUCUUUACAUUAUACUAAUCUACUGUACACAACAUGUGUGUUAACUUAAGUGAUUAUAGGAAAUAGUUCUAGUACCUUAUUUACUGUAGUGAAUUUAGUCUGUAUACAUCUGUAAUGCUGCAUCCAAGCUAAACAUGUAAAAGGUCCACAUUAAAUGGCAAUCACAUCCUAUUUUACCAUUUCUGAGUUAAAUAGCAGAUUCAAUGAGAAAAGCAACUGAUUGGAUGCUGAAGAGUGGACGUUAGAUAAAAGAACGGAGUAAGGGGCUGAAAAUGAGGGCUUGGUAAUGUCAAUCCAAAAGAAAGGUUUUAUGAAAGAUUAUGAUGACUUUCGAAAUAAUGUUCAAUUAACCAUUUAAAAUACGUAAAUGGACCAUUUUUAUUUCAUAUUGUUUUAUAAAAAAAUAACUACUUUUUCUGCUCUAACAAAUUGUCAAGUCAAUAAAAUGACACUUUGAAAACAA